UUUCUCUCACCUCAUAUCAUUCCUCACUUUCUCUCUCUAGAAAUACACACUUUUGUGAUAUUAUUAUGUUCACGAGCACGAGUGAUCAAAUGUUGCAGUGCCCUCCAAGAGCGCCAUUGGUGAUGAUGGAGAGAAGAUGGAAGUCAAGCGUUGAAGUAGCACCCAAUUGUCCCAGGUGUGCCUCUCCCAACACAAAGUUUUGUUACUACAACAAUUACAGCUUGUCACAGCCUAGGUACUUCUGCAAAGGCUGUAGGAGGUACUGGACUAAAGGUGGGUCCCUCCGAAACGUCCCGGUAGGCGGCGGUUGUCGGAAAAGCAGACGAUCGAGGUCCGUACGGGCCCCGGUGUCGGACACUAGGUACGGUUGCAGUACGCCUAGCACCGGCAGCAUUUCAACCAAUGACGUGCCACCAAGUGGACAUGUGGGGACCGAUAUCGAUUUGGCCGCGGUUUUCGCCAACUACUUGAAUCAAAACAAUGAAGUGGUUGAAACCAAUUUGCCAAAUGAUUCCCGGCUAGAAGAUGUGCUGAUCGAGUGCCAUGAGCCGUCUGAUCCUACCAAAAAAGCCCAGUUGCUCGAAGACAUUACUCAUGUGUUUGUAGGUGAUAGUCGACGUGAUGAUAAAGUUGAAGAGCUUACCAGAAAUGAAAUUGAUGCUUUUGGAUUAUUUACCGAUGAAGUUGAACAAGAUAUUCUAUGGUCCGACGAUGCUGCAACGGCUUUUUCUAGCUUUGCAUUGCAAGAGUUUGGAUCACUUUCAUCCGAUGAUCACUCCAAGUAUUCUGCAACUUUAGUGGAUGAUUACUGGAAUUCAUUUGAUCUGUCUGCGUACGAGGUUUUUCCAAGACCAUGAACAACCCUAAUUCAUUGAGGGGUUUAUUUUUUUAUUUUUAUUUUUAUUUAUUUAAUUUUUUUUUUUGAGAGAUUGCAAAUUAUUAUACUAUAUUUCAAUGGAAUUGAAAUAAAACCACAUUAGUGGGAUUAAUUUUA